CAGCCACCGACCAGCCUCAAAACUAGCUGACGUGUGGACCAAAACAGACUGGCUAAGUUCAGUUUAGCUGCAAACAAGUUAUAAUGUGUGACUCGUCUUAUUAUUGUUAUUAUUAGAUACAAUUGUUAGAGCAAAAACUAUAUAUCCUACGAUGGAUAUGUUUAAUAAAUUGACGUCUCUUUUCCAACAGGCCCUGGAAACUAGAGAGCCUUCGGUGAAUCUGCUCGACUCUUUCGUCGAGCAUUGGAAAGGAAUAACCAACUACUACAUCGAGACUACAGACGAGACGCAGCCCGUGAAGCAGACAGACAUCCCAUGGAGACUAAAGCAGAUGCUGGAUAUUCUGGUGUUCGAGGAGAAACAGCAGGAGGUGGAGGAGACAGGACCUUGUAUGGAGUACCUGCUCCAGCACAAACUCCUGGAGACACUGUGCACACUGGGAAAGGCACAGUAUCCUCCUGGAAUGAGCCAGCAGGUUCUGCUGUUCUUCUCUAAACUUUUGGAGCGGAUCCAGAAGCCCAUGCUGCAUGUGAUUAACGUGUAUCGACCUGUACAGAAGCUGAUUCGUCUCUGCGGACUCCCUGAUUCGCAAACGGAGAGGGAGGAAUCACAGUUUCUCUUUUCCGUCUCUUCUCGUGUGAAGAAAGAUCCAUACGUCCUGAACUACAUCCUAGAGACAACUAAAGAAGGCCAGGCUCAGAGAUGUAUCUCUGUGUCAGAAGAAGGUGCAGAAGGAGCCAGUGGAGAAUGCAGAACAGAGAAUGCAGCUUCUACGGGCACACAGAGCUCGAGCGAGCCAGACACGGGUUUUAUCCAGGUCCUCAUUCAUCUAGGGAAAAGCCAGAAAAGCCGCGUUGCCUUUCGGGCGAUGGAGAGCGUUCUGCUCCUCACCAGCAUUUCUCAGGCCGACACGGCCAAGCUUCUAGCAGAGCAAACGCCGCUGUGUGACCUUCUUUCACAGAGAGUGUGCGAGCUUCGCGCCAUCCCAACCAAAGUCCAUCUCGAGGACAUACACAGCUACACCAUCAAACAGUGGAGGAACCAGUUUUCCCCAAUCGGCACGGAGCAAAGCCAGUCGUUUCCGGAGCAGGAGCACAUGGACAGGUUCUUCUACUGGCUCAACUACUGUGACCAGCUCAUUCAGAACGCACCAGAGGCGCUCGCUAUCAAACUCGCCGGAGCUUUUCACCAGCACUGGCUUACUGGAAUUGUUCAGCCUCAGCUGCUGCAGAUGUCAGAGGUUGGCGUUUUGGUCCACACAGCUCUUCUGUCACUCUGCGUCCAACACACACAGUCUCCCGUCCUGCUACACGAGUUAGCGCACUUCCUGCUGGGCGACGAAACGCAGCGGGAGCAGCCGACUGACACGCCCCCUCUCACCCACACACUACGCUAUCAUCUCAUCAAACACUGCGACCACAUCUCCGACGAGAUCAGCAUCGCUACAUUGCGGCUCUUCGAGGAACUACUGAAGAAACCCGACAAACACAUCCUGACCAACCUGGUGCUGCGAAACCUCGAGAGUCGCUCCUAUAGGUUGCCGGGUUCAGGGGGCAGUGACGAGAGACCAGCGGCCGAUUCAGAAUUCCUGGUAGAGUCCGAAGAGCUGGAGGAAGAUCCGUUCUUUACAGACAGUGAGUUCAGUGGCUCGGAGCAAUUGCUGUCCUUGUCUAGGGAAGAAAGGAAAUCUGGCGCACACACACAAAUAGCCGAAGCUGUUAACAGUUUCCUCUGUUUAGUUCCGCAAGAGGCAAAAACGUCUCAGCAUGUACAGGGAGCAGGAUAUGACACGUAUGUCCACGAUGCUCUAACGUCGUUUAAAGAGUGUUCCACUGUGUCUAUAGACUGGGGUUGGCCAGAAACCUUGAAACCCAGCGAAGCCCAGUCCAACAGUGCAGACUUCUAUGAAGGGCAUUUCCUCAAAGUUCUGUUGGACAGGAUCACAUGCAUAUUGGAGCAGCCAUAUGAGCUUAACCUACAGGUGACAUCGGUGUUGUCUCGGUUGGCUGCUUUUCCUCACCCUCAUCUUCACGAGUACCUGCUGGACCCCUACAUCACCCUGAGCCCUGGCGCUCGCUCGCUAUUCUCCACCCUCGUCCGAGUAAUCGGCGAGCUGAUGCAGAGGAUCGAGCACAUCCCAGACUUCACCCAGAGACUCGUCACUGUCAGGAAACAGCUCAUGGGACUUGAGGAGGAGACUGUGGUGGAACAUGGAACCCUGCUAAAGGGCGUGAUCGUACUGGAGGAGUUCUGUAAGGAGCUGGCAGCCAUAGCCUUCGUCAAACUACCCGUGGGAGAUCAGGAACAUCUCUCAGCUCCUUAAACCAGCACAGAACUGAAACUUCAGGUGUUUCAGAGUUCACAACGUUUGUACAAAGGAAGGCAGGACUGUCAUCGCAAAGUACUAUAAACCGGCAUGUGUCACUUUUUCACGCACACGGAUUCCAUAUGGGUCGGUACCACUGCCUCGUUUUCUGGUUUUCUGGAGCUGACUGCUUUUUUUCCUCUUUUGAAGACCAUAAGACAUGUGGUGCAUUGUUUUGUUUUUUGUUUUUUUUUUAAAGUCCAAAGUCGACUGGAUAAAUGACGAUCAUUAACGACUUUCAACGUCUAAAUUAGAAAAAAUAUCAAAAGCGAUAAAGGUGUGUGUUCUUCCAGCAGUAAUGACAUUUAACACUAAAACUAGUGUCCAAUGAUACUAGAUAUUUUUACUUUUAUCCAAAUAUUAUAAUGAUACAGCGGCCUUGUUUAGUAUUUAUUCUGUGUAUUUUUAUACACGGAAAUCGUGAUAAAACUAUUGUUUUUAGUAAGAUAUAUUUUUACAUUUUCCGAAAUUUAAGUUUUUUUUUCCCCCUAAUUUGAGAAAAAUGCAUUAAUGCACAUUUAGUUUUUUAUAGAAUCCUAAGCGGUUUCGUCAAGAUAAUCUUUGGAUAAUCUUUCGCUGUUGAACCAAACAUCCACGAGGUGUAGUCACACUUCAACCAACUCCUUUUAUCAAACCUAAAAUCCAUCUCGAACCCACUGAACAACACGAAACAACACAAAAAAUCCUGAUUCGUAUUCACCUCCUGGAGUUUUGUUUCAGGUCUAACUCCUCCCUUUGGAUUUCUCCAAUUUAAUCUGAUCAGGUAGGAGGAGCUGAAUGAGUUCUAACUCCACCCCCACCUCGUGCAGAUUAGAGGAGCCGGAUUAGGUCUAAUUCCACCUUCUGGACUUGUGCCUUAAAACUGCUUAUGUAGGAGGAGCUCCAACUCCACCAUCUGGACAGGUGGGAGGAGCUGGAUCAGGCCUAACUCCACCUGCUGGACUUUUUGGUCUGAGUUUGCUUGGGUAUGAGGAGCUGGAUCUGGUGUAACUCCACCUCCUAGACUUUUGAUUAUGCACCAAGCGUUACUUGGUGUAGGUACCUAAAAUAGAGCAAUAGUCCCGUGUGGCUGCUUAUAAAUGCUGCCAUAUUCUUUAUUCCCAUAUCUUUUAUCAUAAAGAGUAUAAAAUGUGCACGGGUAGCGACGGUACUGAAUGUGUUCAUGCUCAGAUUUUGCACAGUGAAUAUUUUAUCAUAUUGUAACUGAUAAUUGUUGCACGACCAGUUACUUAUCGUGCUGCAUAUGAGGUGAGGAGACAUAAUAAGAUAAUAUAAGAUACACGAUAUAUAAACAAAAGUUUGUGGACACCCGACUAUAAGAUAAUCAGCCCAUUCCACAUGUAGUCUCCGUUUUGCCGUUAUGGUAACCGUCACUCUUCUGGGAAGACGUUCCACUAGAGUUUUGUGGUGAAAAUGUAGGGAAGAAGCACAUAUGGCUGGAAACGUCAGGUGUCCUAAUACUUUUGCAAGUAUAGUGUAUAGUUUUGUCUAUGCAGUGAUCACACCGCAGAUCGUACAAAGGUCUCAAGACCAAACAGCGAACCUUUCUUUCUCCGUUCGUCUCAUUUAAUCUGCAUUUUCGUUUUAAACGAUCAUAUCUCAGUGACGUGUUCAGGAGCCUCGAGACAUUUUCUGCUCAUUAGUCUUACUAUUUAUAUUCUAAUAAUAUUAUUAUGGGCUUUUAUGAAACAAGUAUAGAAAAAAAACACUUUAUUAAGUGCGCUAUACGUUGCGUAUGGACAAUUUAUUAUUUGUUUUAUUUGCUGAACCAAAUAACAUGUCUACUGAUUUUUCUGUUCAUGUUUUGUGUCUAAUGAGUAAAGUUCCAGUCCUCGGUACUGUGAUGUUA